AUGCUCAAGACACCAAUAUUCCGCUGCGAUGAUUCGGAGGCAGCCCUUCCAUACAAUCAGCUUCAUGAUCCCCUCAACCGCCUUGGGAAGAUAGCAGGCAUCAAGGAGAUUUUAACUAGCUACUGUUUUCGACGUAGGACAGCCAAUGUCGUUGAUCAUGCUGCUACCGAUGCUGUUAGGGACCAGGUGAUGCGACACAAUGCAAACUCUGCUCUGCAUAACGAACACUACGGACACUACGCCAAUGAGAAAGUGCGGUUUGAUGUUCAGUCUGCUGGACUCGGGCAUCCCUCUGUAGAUGUCGUCCUUCGCAUGCUGACGCAUAUGAGUCUCAUGUGCGAUCCACGCGCACCGGUUCACGUCCCCAUCAUCACUGCACUUGAGCAGGAGCGAGACCAGUUGAAAGCUGGGGCGUACAGAAUUCAGGGGACGACCAUUGAGGCAGAAGUUCGGCGACUUACUGCUGCAAUCGGUAGUGCUAGGACUAGGCGUCGGAACAUUCUCUCUCAAGAUACCGAGAUAAUUGUUUUUGUCGCCGCUCAAUAG